AUGUCAGGGCUCCCUAGCGACAAAGAGAAGAAGGGCGAUGUGGCCCUACCGCCCUCCUCCGGCUCAGUCAUGAGCAUGGGGGAUACGGCCAGCCAGCUCUCCGACAACCCCGACGCUCUGCACCGCCGGCUCAAGAAUCGCCACAUUCAGCUCAUCGCCAUUGGCGGCUCCAUUGGCACCGCCAUCUGUGUCCUCGCUCUCGUCAACAACUGCAUCACCGAAAUGACCACACUUAUGCCCGUGAGUGGCGGCUUUAUCCGCCUCGCGGGUCUGUGGGUCGAUGACGCCCUCGGUUUCAUGGCCGGCUGGAACUUCUUCUUCUACGAGGCGCUUCUCAUCCCCUUUGAGAUCACCGCCAUCAACCUCGUGCUUUCCUUCUGGUCCGACAAGGUGACAGAUCCCGGCCCGACAGCGGGCAUUUGCGCGGCAUGCAUCAUCGCUUAUGGCUUGCUAAACAUUGUCCCCGUACGUGGCUACGGCGAGGCCGAGUUCUGGCUCUCGGGCGGCAAGGUGAUUCUCAUCUUCAUGCUCUUCGCCUUCACCUUUGUCACCAUGGUCGGCGGCAACCCGCAGCGCGACGCGUACGGGUUCCGGUACUGGAAGGAUCCGGGCGCGUUCGCCGAGUUCCACUCUACCGGGGCGGUCGGCCGGUGGGAGGGAUUCCUGGGCGCGCUGUGGACGGGCUGCUUCGCCAUCGUCGGACCCGAGUACAUCUCCAUGGUGGCGGCCGAGGCCAAGCGGCCGCGCGUGUACAUCAAGCAGGCGUUCAAGACGGUGUACUGGCGCUUCGGUAUCUUUUUCAUCCUCGGCGCGCUCGGCCUCCCCUACGUCAUCGCCAUGAAGAACAUGGGCAUCACCGUGCUGCCCGACAUCACCAACUUCCUCAUGCUCACCUCCAUCUUCUCUGCCGGAAACACGUACACGUACUGCGCCAUCCGCACCCUCUACAGCCUAGCGCUCGAGGGCCGCGCGCCGAGGGUCCUCACCAAGGUCAACCGGUGGGGUGUGCCCAUCUACUGCUAUGCUGUGGUCAUGCUGUUCCCCAUGCUGUCCUUCCUGCAGGUGUCCAACGGCUCGUCGACCGUGCUUACCUGGCUGGUGAGCCUCGUAACCGCGGGCGGUCUCAUCGACUACAUCGUCAUGACCGUCACCUACAUCUUCUUCUACCGCGCCUGCCAGGCCCAGGGCGUCGAUCGCAAGACGUUCCCCUAUUGCGGUUGGUUCCAGCCCUACUCAGCGUGGAUCGCGCUCGUGGUCGAGAAGUUUUGGCAAAAUUAUACCAUGGUGGUGCUCGCGCCGAUCCUCUUCAUCGGGUGGAAGGUGAUCAAGAAGACCAAGGUCAUCAAGGCGCACGAGGCGGAUCUCGUGUACCAGCGUCCCCUCAUUGAUGCGUACGAGGCGGCCAUCAAGACCCCGCCGGUCGGGUUCUGGACAGAAAUAGUUCAACUGGUUGGCUUCCGCAGGCGCAAGGCAUCCGACAGGGAAACGGCGGAAGAUUAA